UGCUUUCAAAACGUCAGUCCCGACAUAUUUGCUCUGAAACGUUCCGAAAAUGUCGAACCAGAACGAACCAUUUUAUCUCCGAUACUACUCAGGUCACUCUGGGCGGUUUGGGCAUGAGUUUCUAGAAUUCGAUUUUCGGACCCUUGGCGACGGCCGAAGUGCCGCGGUUCGGUAUGCGAACAACUCAAAUUAUCGCAAUGACUCCCUGAUCCGCAAAGAAAUGUGCGUGAGCUCGGCGAUGAUUCAGGAAGUCAAGCGCAUUAUCAAAGAGAGCGAGAUCAUGAAGGAGGACGAUUCGAAAUGGCCACAGAAGAACAAGGAUGGACGGCAAGAGCUCGAGAUCAGGCUUGGAAACGAACAUAUCUCCUUUGAGACCGCGAAAAUCGGUUCGUUAGUAGAUGUGACCGAGUCUGCAGACCCUGAAGGUCUCCGAGUUUUCUACUACCUCGUUCAGGAUUUGAAAGCAUUCAUCUUUUCUCUCAUCUCCCUCCAUUUCAAGGUAAUUUCAAAAUAUUUUUUCGACCCUCCAGACACUUUACUUACCCUUUCGUCCCUUCUGCAGAUUAAGCCUAUCUAAGUCAUGAUACGGAUAUGUGGUGAAGUCUGUUUUGGAAAUCAACAUGGGCGUUUACUUCGAGUAUGGAACGGGUUUACUUAUAAUGAUGAAUCUCAAAAUGAUCUAGCCGCGG